GCCGCGUGACCCGGAAGUGCUCGCUGAGGCCCCGCCUCCACCCGCGAUCUCGCGUUCUGGGGACUUGCCACUUCCUUUCUCUGCUCGCGCUCGUCGCGUGGAGAUAACAGGCGGGGCCGCACCAUGCAGAACGACGCCGGCGAGUUCGUGGACUUGUACGUGCCGCGGAAGUGCUCCGCCAGCAACCGCAUCAUUGGCGCCAAGGACCACGCAUCCAUCCAGAUGAACGUGGCCGAGGUCGACAAGGUCACAGGCAGGUUCAAUGGCCAGUUUAAGACCUACGCUAUCUGCGGGGCUAUUCGAAGGAUGGGAAGCGUUUAUUCACUGAGCCAUCUCCCCGGCCCUGGAAAUGUUCUUAGAGGGCUUGUUUUUCAGGGUGAAUCAGAUGACUCCAUCCUAAGAUUGGCCAAGGCGGAUGGCAUCGUCUCCAAGAACUUUUGAGUGGAGAGAGUUGUGGAUGCGGAACGUGUGCUGCAAAUAAAUGGUCAGAAUGUA